AUGGCUCGGCCGCUCUCCUUGAACCCCUCUUUCCUGCCUCCGACUUACGGGGUGCUCAAGUCGCUGCUGGAGAACCCGCUCAAGCUCCCGCUGCACCACGAAGACGCUUUUUAUAAAGAGAAGGACAAAGACAAAAAGUUGGACGAUGACAGUAACAGUGCCACUGUCCCGCAGUCGGCUUUCCUGGGCCCGACAUUGUGGGACAAGACUCUUCCAUACGAUGGUGACACUUUCCAGUUGGAAUACAUGGACCUGGAAGAGUUUCUCUCAGAGAACGGCAUUCCGCCCAGUCCAGCCCAGCAUGACCACAGUCCUCACCAGCCCGCUCUCCAGCAAGCUACCUCAGCGUCGCCCCCUUCGGUGGUGGACCUCAGCAGCAGAGCAUCCACGUCGGUCCACCCAACCAUGGUCACUCAAAACUGCAUGCAGAGUCCAGUCAGGCCAGGCCAGAUCUUGCCUACAAAUCGCAACACCCCAAGUCCCAUUGAUCCAGAGACCAUUCAGGUUCCAGUGGGGUAUGAACCCGACCCAGCCGAUCUCGCCCUCUCCAGCAUUCCUGGCCAGGAGAUGUUUGACCCUCGUAAGCGCAAGUUCUCUGAGGAAGAGCUCAAGCCACAGCCGAUGAUCAAAAAAGCCCGCAAAGUUUUCAUCCCAGAAGACCUGAAGCAGGAUGACAAAUACUGGGCAAGACGCAGAAAGAACAACAUGGCUGCCAAGCGAUCCCGCGAUGCCCGGAGGCUUAAGGAGAACCAGAUUGCCAUCCGCGCCUCAUUCCUCGAGAAGGAGAACACAGCGCUCCGCCAGGAGGUGGCUGACCUACGGAAAGAGCUGGGCAAAUGCAAGAAUGUCCUUGCCAAGUACGAAGCCCGGCAUGGCCCUCUGUAAAUGGCAUCCUCCUCACUUCCCUUUCCAUUCGUUCCUCUCUUCCACUUCCCUUCUUUUCCUCCCCUCCACUGCCUUUUUUUUCUUUUUGGUGAGUUGACAUUUGAUGAAUAGAUGGACAGUGUGUUUCCUCUUCGAUAGCACCACACCCAAACCAACCUUUCAGUCAUCAGCACUUUACCGGAACGCAGAAACAAGAAAACCAAUGUACAACUUUUUGUUUGUUUGUUUGUUUGUGUGUGCAUGUGAAUGGGUGGGAUGGGACAGGGAGGGCAUGUGUGUAUGUGUGUGAGGGUGCAUGUGUAUCUCAGCACUUUCCAAUUUUUUUUUGUAUGAAACCCUCGAAACAGGGUGGCAUAUUCCACUUGGACAACUGAGAUAUGCCACAGUUCAGCUUUUUACUACAUAAAUAAAUAUAUAAAGAUAUAUAUGUAUAUUUUUCCCACUGCUGCUUCAAAGUAGGUUGUUUUUUUUUAAAAAAAAAUAUCUUGCCAUCCUCUAAUUUUUCCUUGGGGAAGAAUUGGAAAAAUAUAAAAAAUUAAAACAAGCCUCCCUAGGAUAAAUAGAGGAGAAACAAGAAGAGAGAGAGAGAAAGAGAGAGAUCUCUUUUCAAGCUGUUGUUUAAAUAUGCCUAAUCAGACAAUUUUAACUUGCUAAUACAAAAAUGCACAAAUGAUAUUUUAAUGCUACACAGCAGAAAUAUUAAUUUAUAGACUUGCUUCCCUUUUGUCGGUUUCUUUCUGUGCCCUUAUGUUUUGGUAAUAAAAUGUAUUUUCAGAUUCCUACUGCUGUCAGUAGUUCUCCAGCUGGUAGAUCUCAGAUGGAACAGCUAUGUUUCCUUUCAUUGCCAUGAACCCUGAAAUAAAUUGAAAUGAGUACUACAGGCAGAUCACAAGAGAGCCGGUGGGUUGUUUUUGAGAGGGGUUUUUUUUAAUCUAUUGCCUGAACUGAAGCAAUAACUCUAAUGUACACUGGUGCAUGUUGACUGUGGUGUUCCUGGUGGACGUAGGAUGACUUCACUACCGUACCGAAUCAAAUAACUUUGAACUGUUGGGUUUUAGUUUAAACAAAACUUGUAAAGACUCCUAGAUAGGCUGUUUUUAAAAAUUCCUGAAAGCCAGAGGGGAGAAAAGCCUGGAUCCCAGAGGUUUUUUUGCAUGGCCAGUCCAAGCUUUUUCUUCCUUUAGGACAGUGGUCCUCAACCUGUGGGUCCCCAGAUGUUUUGGCCUUCAACUUCCAGAAAUCCUAACUGGCUGGGAUUUCUGAAAGUUGUAGGCCAAAACACCUGGGGACCCAUAGGUUGGGAACCACAUUUUUUUUGUCGUGUCAGGAGCGACUUGAGAAACUGCAAGUUGCUUCUGGUGUGAGAGAAUUGGCCGUCUGCAAGGACGUUGCCCAGGGGACACCCGGAUGAUUUGAUGUUUUUAUCAUCCUUGUGGGAGGCUUCUCUCAUGUCCCCAUAUGAGGAGCUGGAGCUGAUGGAGGGAGCUCAUCCGCCUCUCCCCGGAUUCGAACCAGUGACCUGUCAGUCUUCAGUCCUGCCGGCACAGGGGUUUAAGCCACUGUGCCACCGGGGGCUCCUUGGGAACCACUACCAUAGGCACAUUUAAAAUUUUCAAUUCCCCUUGCAUUCUUAUCUUAUGCUGAACACAAUUUUCAAUUAGGAACUAUUCACCAGGACUGACGUUUCUAAAAAUGUAACACCCUUGGCUUCUUCUACACUUCUUUACAACUCUAUUUAUGCCUCAAGGAAUCACUGAGGUGCAGGCAAGGUUAACACUCAGGAUGCAUCUACAUUAUAGAAUGAAUGCAGUUGGACAUUAUUUUAAGUGUCAUGGCUAAAUGCUAUGAAAUCCUGGGAAUUGUACUUUGGUGAGGCAUCAGCUCUCUUUGGCAGAGACGUAUUGAGACAUGGCAGUUAAAGUGGUAUCAAACUACAUUCAUUCCACAGUAUGCUGGGCUCCUCCAAAAGUGCAAGUUACGGAAACUGGAAUAAAUCAAGCUGCCCUCAAUUUUUGGCACCAUCAAACAUUGGCUGUCUUUGCCUUGAUGUGAAGCCAGCUUCAGAGACAUGCGUUGCUGCUGAAUUUGUUGAUUUCCACCAGCUCUCAUUUCCAGCGGGGUGGGCAACUUGGAUUCACCUAAAACUCUCAUUAGUGUUUCCAGGUUUUCAAAAGAGUAAUAAGAGAAAACUAAAAUUAAAGUUGUGCAUAAUUGACAAUGAGGUGGUCGCUGUUAACAAGUUUGUUUUCUACUGAAAUGCCAAAUGAAAGUAUUGAUUUCAGUUCCCAUUGGCAUGUAUUGCAACGUAAAAUCAACACGGCCAUUUCUGAAUUAUGGCAGCACUAAGGCAAGUCUAUCAUGGGGUUCUCAUUUUCCUGCUAAUGGGAUCAGUAUGGCUAGAAACAUCCUGAUUUAUCCAUGGGUCAUAUCAAAAUGUAUAAUUUUGGCCACAGUAUCUGUCCUUGACUUGAGGCCAACGUAUACACAAGUAUAUAUAGUAGUCUAUAUAAAAGGAAGGACCCCCCAGUGGCACAGUGGGUUAAACUGCUGAGCUGCUGAACUUGCUGACCAAAAGGUCGGCGGUUCAAAGCCGGGGAGUGGGGUGAGAUCCUACUAUUAGGACCAGUUUCUGCCAACCUAGCAGUUCAAAAGCAUGAAAAUGUGAGUAAAUCAAUAGUUACCGCUUCAGCAGGAAGGUAAUUGUGCUCCAUGUAAUUGUGCUGACCACAUGACCUUGGAGACGUCUACAGACAACACUGGCUCUUUGGCUUAGAAAUGGAAAUGUCCCCAGAGUCGGACAUGACUAGACUUAAUGUCAGGGGGAAACCUUUACCUUUACUAUACAAAAGGAAACGCUUUGUAACCUCCAGGUGGGAGAUAUCCCAUAUUAUAUGUGGUACCAGACAGUCCUCUAAGGUACAAGCUUUUCAACUUUCAAAUAAGGGCUGUCCCUUAUAAUAAGAGACAUGUGAUAGCUUCACUUCCCAUAAGCAUGAGGGAUGAUGGAAAUUGCAGUUCAGCAAUGUGUGAAGGUCAUGCUUGCCUCUCCACUGACAGAUGAUGUUCCAGAUAUUUGUAGUCAUACUGAUCCCAUUGGUAGGGAAAUGAUAAAGUAGUCUCAGUCCCCCCAAUGCACUCCUUCGAUGGUCCGUUUGUGUCUGUGGGUGUGAGGAUGUCUUUCCUAAAUCCAGGUGACAGCAAGUACAUGAACAAUAACUCAUUGGCAAGAGAGCAAAAUGAAAAUAUUCAAAGAAGCAGUGAAUAGGGAUUUUUAAAUUCUUUUUGUGUCAAUCCACAUUUGAAUUUCCCAAAGUCCUGGUUUUGUGAUCCACAUUUUUGAACAUUUCUGUAAUAUGUUUUCUGUGGACUCCUCCUCGGUUAUUUUUCCACGUUACUCAGUCAGAAGAUACUUUUGCCACUUCCUUUUCCCUUGCAUUGUUGUUUUGAUUGUAUCAUGAGCUGGUGGUUCUUGAGCUUUUUUCCUGUUGUUUUUAUCUUUUGAUUUGCUUUCUAAACUUGUGUUAUAUUAUAAAUUGGACUAUUUUUGUGGGGGGCAGUGAAAAUGAAUGUAAGAGUUUCAGGUAUAUAUUGAAAGGUGAUGGUGUUGUUGUACUGUGGUUAAUCCAAUCCAUAUAAAUAUUUUCUGAAGACCAAAAGAAACUGAUUAUUAUAAAAUGUAUAAAGUUAUACAGAAAUCAUUAGAGAUUGUUUUGUUUUGUUUUUUGGUACAGUAUUUUUCAAAGACAAAUGCUGACUCUGUAUUUUGGGGAAUGAGAGUAUAUGAGAACUGCAGGCGCGGGGCAGGAGAUAUAGAUAUUCUAUGUUUAUAGAAAAAAUAAAGAUGUAUUCCUAUAGAGUUAUUAACAUUGUACAGAGAGAAAAUGUUUUUAGUUAUAUUUUCCCCCUAUACAAUCUUCUGUAUUUUUUUUUGAUAGCUACUGACACAUUGGCAUUGUUUGGGGUGCAUCUAAAGUGUAGGAUUAAUGCAAUUUGACACCACUUUAACUGCUGUAGCUCAAUACUAUGGUAACAUGAGAGCUGCAGUUUGGUGAGGCACCAGCACUCUUUGAGAAAGAGGGCUAAAGACCUUCCAAAACUGCAACUCCUAUUAUUUCAUAGCAUUGGGUCACAGCAAUUAAAGUGGUGCUAAACUGGAUUAAUUCCACAGUGUGAAUGCAUCCUCAAUCUUUUAAACUGGCAAGUCUGUAUCUGUGUAGGGACUCCCACUCCCAUAUGGAUGGAUCAUACAGUACUCCAAAAAUGGAUUUACUUUCUAUCAUCCUCAAUACAGCAUGACCCCUCCCCAUAUCCACGGGGUUUACUUUCCUAAACUUUGCAUGGAGAGAUAAAACCGGGGAUAAUAGCAAAACCUAUUGAAAUGAAGGACUUCUGGUGCAAGACUACUAGAGGACUUCGGAAAUGCCUAGAAAAGACACAUUUUGUCAAUGCAGCCAUUUCUGAAGGUCAUAUUAUGACAUAUUCCUCCAAACAGCUCAAAGGUGCUGCUGCCCUGGAGUGUUAGGGGAAUCGUAUCUCUGCUGAACGAAUAUGUGGAGGCGGUUGUUCCCAUCUGGACAUGCUUGUUGUUAAGAGCAGUCAAAUUGACUCCAGUGUAUGGGGGUUUCUUAGCAAGGUUUAUCCAGAGGGGUUUGCCACUGCCGUCCACCAAAGCCAAGAGACUAUGACUUGCCCAGGAUCACCCAGUGGGUUUCAGUGUCCAAGGGGAAAUCAAACCCUUCUCUCCCAGCGUCCGAACCCAACACUCCAAACACUACACCACAACGGUGCUUUCUUGUAUCCCAAAUAUUUGAAGAAAAUAAAAUGGUUCAUCAGGGUCCUUCAUAUUUCUAAUAAAUAAAUAAUUGUUUUCCUUCA